UACCCAGCGUGCUUUUCGGCCAGGCGGCGGUUGUUGAGCACGCUGCAGCGGGUAUUCAGCCGAUGUGUGCGUGAUUUUGAGUAAGAACGAAAAAUGGACGGCCCGCUAGCAGUGUUUGGAGAUCGCAGCACCGGGGAUGCUGUAAGGAGUCAGAAUGUUAUGGCAGCAGCAUCCAUUGCGAAUAUCGUUAAAAGCUCCUUAGGUCCAGUUGGUCUGGAUAAAAUGCUAGUAGAUGAUAUUGGGGAUGUGACAAUAACAAAUGAUGGGGCUACCAUUUUGAAACUGCUAGAUGUUGAACAUCCAGCAGCCAAAGUCCUUUGUGAGCUGGCUGAUCUGCAGGACAACGAAGUCGGAGAUGGCACAACUUCAGUGGUCAUCAUUGCCGCGGAGCUUCUGAAGAAUGCUGAUGAGCUUGUUAAGCAAAAAAUUCAUCCCACUUCGAUUAUUGGUGGUUACCGUCUUGCUUGCAAGGAAGCUGUAAGGUAUAUUAAUGAGAACCUGACCAUCAAUACUGAUGAACUUGGAAGAGAAUGUCUCCUUAAUGCUGCAAAAACAUCAAUGUCUUCUAAAAUUAUUGGCGUUGAUAGCGACUUCUUCGCCACUAUGGUCGUUGAUGCCGCACUUGCUGUAAAGUAUGUUGAUCCCAGGGGUGUAGCCCGGUACCCAAUCAAUUCUGUAAAUGUGCUGAAAGCCCAUGGGCGAAGUCAGAAAGAGAGUAUUCUUGUAAAUGGCUAUGCACUUAACUGUACAGUGGGUUCACAAGGAAUGACAAAAAGAAUUGUUAAUGCAAAGAUUGCCUGUCUGGACUUCAGCCUGCAGAAGACUAAAAUGAAACUUGGAGUCCAAGUCAUUAUUUCUGACCCAAGCAAAUUAGAUCAGAUCAGGCAAAGGGAGUCUGAUAUUACUAAAGAGAGAAUCCAAAAGAUUUUGGCUACUGGAGCUAAUGUAAUACUUACAACUGGUGGCAUUGAUGACAUGUGUCUCAAGUACUUUGUGGAUGUGGGAGCCAUGGCAGUACGUAGAGUUCUGAAGAAGGACUUGAAGCGCAUUGCUAAAGCUACUGGAGCUACUGUUUGUUCAACUCUUGCUAAUUUGGAUGGAGAAGAGAGUUUUGAAGCAUCAAUGCUGGGACAAGCUGAAGAGGUUGUACAAGAAAGGAUAUGUGAUGAUGAACUGAUCCUCGUUAAAAACACCAAGGCUCGAACCUGUGCAUCCAUCAUUCUACGUGGAGCUAAUGACUUCAUGUGUGAUGAAAUGGAGCGCUCUGUCCAUGAUGCUCUGUGUGUAGUCAAGAGAGUACUGGAGUCCAAGUCUGUGGUACCAGGAGGAGGUGCUGUGGAAGCUGCCCUUUCCAUUUACCUUGAGAAUUAUGCUACUAGUAUGGGAUCCAGGGAACAGUUGGCAAUUGCAGAGUUUGCAAGAGCCCUGCUUGUUAUCCCAAAAACCCUAGCUGUGAAUGCCGCUCAAGAUUCCACUGACCUGGUUGCGAAGCUUCGUGCUUUCCACAAUGAAGCCCAGGUCAACCCAGAGCGCAAGAACCUGAAGUGGAUUGGCCUUGACUUGCUGAAUGGUAAACCGCGUGAUAACAAGCAAGCAGGUGUCCUUGAGCCCACAAUGGUGAAGACAAAGAGUUUAAAAUUUGCAACAGAAGCUGCAAUUACUAUUCUGCGGAUUGAUGAUUUAAUUAAAUUGCACCCAGAAGCAAAAGAGGAGAAGGGGAAAUAUCAUGAAGCGGUUCAAUCUGGGUCAAUUGAAGGUUAACUUGCCGUAUCUUUGUUCUCCUUUUUUUGUAUUCCCUAAUUUAUAAGUAAUAGCUGUUCAUCUUGCACUUGUUUGGUCUUGCACCAAAACUCAACACUUAAAUAAACAUAACAUGGCAACUGA